UGGUCGUGGUUGUGGUUGUGGGGGUUUCUUGGGAGCGAGGAGGUCGGACGCGACGAGGAUUGCGCCGAGGAACCAGAUGAACGAAGUCGGGUGGGACGAUGCCAUUGAGACGGAAUGAGCAUACCAAUGGCUACGGCCAGAGUCAAGACUCCCCCAGGCCACGCGAGGCAGCUCCAAAGCAGGUUUCCAAUAUGGCGUCGGGAUCAGCACCGGCUCCGGUUACGAUACAACAACCACCCAUCCUGCCCAGACCAACAAAACCGAGGUACUCAGACGAUGACGACGAAUACUAUACAGCGCCAAACUCACCAUCUAAGAACGGCGAAGAUGAAUUCCCUGGACCCACGCUGGAUGAUAUGGGCUGGACACGAGACCCUACGCAAUCAGUCUCGAGAAGUAGCAGUAAAGGCAGCCAUGUCUCCAAAGGACCCAAGGAGGGCCCAGGGAGCUUCGUCGAGCGGCUGACAGCUCCCGACCCGCCGUCCUUUCGAUACGAUGCUGUGCCACCAGAGCAGAACAAUGUUCGGUACAGCUUCUCAACAAGUACGACGUCGUAUUUUGGACCUCGGGAGGAUAGUGGUCUGGGUGUUUCUUUUGCAUCGAAUGCCACGGAGCCAGAGACACAACACGAAGAUUCUGUUGUGGGCCGCAUGCUCAAUCAAGAGAUACAAACGAUAUUCAGCACUGAAUCUAUGAGCAAGGCAUCUAAGGAGAUCAUUGCAGAACUCCUCCGCAACGGUCCCUUUUCGCUCGCUCGCUCGUUCCCGCCUUCCAUACCACUACGGUACCGGUACGAACUGGAGCGGAUAGGCAGAGCCUGGGACGUCCCAUUUGACCGGAUGCUAGUUGGUGAUAGCAUCUCAUUCAAGACUUAUGACGACUUCUGCGGGUGGAUUGCGACACACACUCAGCGGAAUGGAAAGCUGCUUCCUGAGUGGUCGAAUCGACAGGCCUGGAAUGCCGCGACAGGAGAUUUCAAAUCAGACAAGCAUUCCGAAGUAGUUGUGUUCUCUGGGGAGUUGGACUGGUGCGAACCUAAUCAGCCAGGGAUUCUGAAAUUGAGACUGAACCCGCUCAAGAUGGAGAAGACAUGUCGGUUCCAUCGACGGUUUGGGUCAGAUAGGUUCCUGACCUUGACGAUGCCAGCGCCGACAAUGCCGCCGGGACAUUUGCCUCUGCCGUCCCAGCCAUCGCUACUACGCGAGAGUCUAGCUUCGUGGCUGACGCAAAAUGUUCAUCGCUGCAUGGGCCGGACAUGGCGGCCUUACUUCGUCGAGGAAGCCAAAUCAAAACGCAAAACCAAGUGGGAUCCGCGAUUCAAAGUCGAGUUCUUCGCUAUCGACGGUGAAGACUUCUAUCAUACCUACCACAUCCCGCCACGCAUCGCACCACCGCGCCAGGAAAGCGAGAACCGCACGCCGAUGACCGUUGAAAUCCUAAUGGACUGGCACAUGCCCGCAGAGGCUAACAUGUCGCAAUCGAACUGCAAGCUUUUCCAGCGAAUUUCAAUUGGUCUGUCCAAGACAUUCGCGACAGCGGUGUUACGGCCGCAACAAGUUCUGCAUCUGCGCGAUGAGCCCGGUCAAACUGUUAUGAAUGACGGAUGUGCAUUAAUGUCUCGGGGGUUGGCGAAGGAUAUAUGUGACUCAUUGGGGAUUUCGGGGAACAUGCCUAGUUGUUUCCAGGGUCGGAUUGCGGGGGCGAAGGGAUUGUGGAUGGUCGAUCGACACCGGUCACAUCUUUCUGCCGGCGAUGAUGAUAUUUGGAUCCAGAUAUCUGAUUCGCAAUUAAAAAUCGAACCGCAUCCGGAGUCGUGGCAAGAGCCCGUUGACGAGGAGAAGUUGACGUUCGAGGUUGUGAAGUGGUCGAAACCGUUGCACCCUGUUGAGUUGAAUGUGCAGUUACUGGGGAUCUUGGAGAAUGGCGGUAUUGCCAAGGAAUACAUUGCUGACUUGACCCGUGAGGGCAUCAAUGCGCUGUAUCGUGACUUCGCUGAGGUCUUGCAGUCAAAUAGUAAUAUCCUCUGUCGCAGUUUGAUGCAGAAACUCUGGCCUGCUGAUGACAGUCCUGGAUUGAUGGCUUACAAGGUUCGACGGCUGGAGCAGUGGACUGCUAACAAUAUCGAGGGGAUCGUCCGCUUUACUGAGGCUGGCUUUACACCGCGGAGCUUCUAUCCUCUCCGUAAGCGACUGGGGAGAUGCCUGCGUGAACUGCUGGAGCAGUACGUGGAUAAGCUGCAUAUCGAGGUACCCCUGUCGACAUAUGCGUUUUGUAUCGCUGACCCCUAUGGUGUUUUGAAACCAGAUGAAGUACAUCUCGGAUUUUCCAAUAACUGGCAAGCAGGCGGCUUUGCGUUCGAGGAUAAUCUACUCGAUGGUAUGGAUGUUCUCGUCGGGAGACUACCUGCCCACCUCCCCUCUGAUAUUCAGCGGAGACAUGCUGUUUGGAAGCCUGAGCUGCGCCAUUUCAAAGAUGUGAUUGUUUUCUCGACGCAGGGUAAUAUGCCACUGGCGCAUAUGCUUUCCGGCGGUGAUUACGACGGUGAUACACCAUGGAUAUGCUGGGAUCAGAAGAUCGUGCAGAGUUUCCAGAAUUCAGAACUACCCCAACAAGAACUGUCAUAUCCGGAAGAGUAUUUCGGGCUCACAAAGCAUUCGGUGCCAAUGAGCGAGAUCCAGUCUCCGGAUGAGUUCUGGCAGGGGGUGUUUACGUUUAACCUGACGCUGUCGAAUCUGGGACAGUGCACUGUUGAGCAUGAGAAGGUCUCGUACGAUGAGUCGAUUAACUCGUGGAAGGCGAAAGAAUUGGCUUGUCUUCUUGGACACCUGGUAGACGGCCGGAAGGGUGGCGUACACCUCUCAGAACAAGCAUGGCGGCAAUAUCGCGAGCGAAUUAGCCCUUGCACGCGAAAAGCCCCUGCAUAUCGCAACCCAGGACGACAAUGCAAAACAAGCAACAUCAUCGACUACCUCAAGUUCUGGGUUGCGUCACGACAGCGCAACGCCGUGCUUGAGCAGCUAGAGCGCCAAUUCCCCGAAGCGGCCAUCAUGUGGGACCUCGACGAGGAUCUCAUUCGGCCGUGGAACGAGGCAUGUCAGCUCGCGCGACAGGACAAGGCCGAGGGCGGAAACCUUCAAGCCAUACUGGAUAAUACGGUCCAUGAGUUCAACAAGCUAAAGCAGCAAUGGAGCAGCUCAUUCCGCGGCGAGAACGACACCAUGCGCGAGUUCACUCCUCAGGCGCGCGAGUUCACUCCUCAGGCGCGCGAGGCCGCAGAGCGUGCCAAGGCCAUCCCGCCACCGGUUGCAAAGCAGGGCGACCACCCACUUCUGCAUACCUGGCGGCAUGAUCACAACGCAUGGAUGCGAGUUCUAGCCUCUUGUGCGUACAAAAAGCGCCCAGAGGCCAGUUUCGUCAUGCAUGCCUUCGGGGAGAUACUCUGUCAGAUUAAAGCGAGUACCAUGCCCUCGCGGAUAGUCACGAAUGAAAUCCUCGCUUGCUACCGGUUCAGCCAGAAGGCAGCAUCACAUAUAACUGUGCGUGAGGUUUCUGCGAGUGGCGAAGAAGUGGACGAGUUUGAGUAUGAGGGGGAGGAUGUCAUUGAGGCAAUAGCGAUUACUGGAUUUGGAUAGUUUGACGAAUGACGAUAACAGAAAGCGGUCACGAAUCAUGUUUUGCAUGUGACAUCAAAUUCAGGAAGACAUGAAGUACUUGCACAGAGUACAGAGGUACAGAG